AUGGCUGAUCAUCCUAGCUCUUACCGCCAAGUCCUCCUCAACAACCGGCGUCAAUUCGAACACCUCAUAGAGCAAGGAGACUACAAGCCCUUCUAUCUCUGGCAUCUACUUGUCUUCACCGCUCUGCCCCUAACAGGUCUUUUGAUCUCGCGACGGAGCGGAUCGCGGUAUGUCCGCCCUGUCAUCUCUGCCCUCAUCCUCGGGACCGCGGUCGAUGUCAUCCGGCAUCGACGCGCGCUGCUCGGGGGUAACGGGUACAUGGGCGGCUUGGUAACAGCCUGGUGGGCCAUCUGGAGCGCAACGAUCCUGGUCUUCAAUGACGCGGAGAGAGAUUUCAAGCGCAUCGAGAGGUCUUCGUCGGAUCCUUCUCAUCCGAUCAAAGCGCAGGGCGCAGAGAACGGAAAUCCCACGCGGUGUGGCGACGAAGGGUCGAACGGCUGCGUGGCCAAAGCGAAGCAAGAUGCGUCGCGGCUGGGCUCGGAAACCCUGAUCUGGCAGCCCUAUCCUCACGCCCUCCGGCACCGACUCAAUUGGGCGCUUGGUCUACUCUUCAACAUGCGCGGCCCGGAAUGGAGCUGGCGCAUAUCGACUUUGGAUCCGUUACCAGCCUCCCUGCAAGCGCAGCAGACCACGAAGAAUGGACGGUCUGCUCGUCAAGCCAAAGAGAAACGCGACGGAACUGUUUCGUGGCCCGGUCCUCGCGCGCGUCUACACAUGGCCUUCGUCACCUUCGUCAAGCACUACCUGUUCCUGGACCUGCUCAAGGUCCUGAUGAUGUACGAUCCGUACUUCUGGGGCAUAGACCCGCCCGCCUCUAUCCUACCGUCCCCCGUCACCCACCUCCCCGCCGCCGCCCUCAUCACGCGCUUCUACCGCCUCCUCCUAAGCGCCUUCGGCGUCUUCGCCGCCCUAAGCUUCGUCAACGCGCUCAACCCCCUGGUCUUCCUGGGCCUCUCGCUCGCCUUCCCCAACGCCUCACGCGCCCUCACCCGCGCCCCCCUCGACGCCCCCUGGCUCUACUCCCCCGCCUUCGGCCCCUUUCGGGCCCCGAUCCUCGACUCCGGCCUCGCCGGCUGCUGGAGCCAGUGGUGGCACCAACUCUUCCGCUUUGGCUUCACCUCCACCGCGCACUGGCUGCUCGCGCUGCUCCCUCGCCCCCUCGCCGCGCAGACCACCACCCGCCGCGUCGCCAUGACCCUCGUCGCCUUCUCGCUGAGCGGCCUCAUCCAUGCCUGCGGGAGCUACACCCAGUUCGCGCACACGACGCCGCUCACCGGCCCGUUCCUCUUCUUCCUCCUCCAGGCGGUCGGCGUCUUGCUGCAGACCGGGUGGGUGCGCCUCGUCGCCCGCGGGCGCUGCUCGCGCCGCACGGGCCGCGCCGCGAAUGCCGCGUUUGUGUUUGCGUGGUUGCUCUUCUCGGGCGGGUUGAUUGCGGAUGAUUUUGCCAGGGGCGGCUUGUGGUUGACGGAGCCGUUGCCGGUUAGUCCGCUGCGGGGAUUGGGGUUCGGCGCCGAGGGCGACGGGUGGUGGUGUUGGCGGGAUCGGUGGUUUACAAGGUGGGAGGGAGGGGGCUAUUGGGAAAGGGGGGUGAGAGUGUUCUGA